CAGUAAGAUCUGGCAACCCACCGACUCUGAGCACACCAUCCUCCAGCUGUUGUGUGCAAUUGGUGAGGAAAUUGUUAUUUAACAGCAGGUUUUAUUGAAGUAUUAAAUGAAUAAGUCCUAAAAAUGUCGAUAACCAAGCGUGUACAGCAAUGGGCCACUUUUGCGCGUACAUGGCACAUAUAUGAUUGUACCUGGCAAAAUCCCUUCGAUUCGGCGGUACUGAUAAAGAAGCAUUUAAUGGGACUGCACAAGCCAAUCUACCAUCCAAUGAUUCCAACGCGUUCAGUGAGCACACAGCGACGUCUUCUGCAACAACCUAUUACCAGUGGCACUUUAUUUACUCCCGCACAACAGCAACGCAAUAUGGGUCGUUUGGGUAAAGUAGAUCCCAGUUCCUACUCGGAGCCUGAGCGUAUCACCACCAAACACAGCGCAUUCAAAUGGACAGUAGAUUUUGCGAACACAAAGCUGUUAGGCAGUGUAACACACCAUUUCAAUGUGCUGGAGGACAAUUUACCAGCUAUCCUGUUGGAUGUGCGCGAUGUUACUGUAAACAGUGCUUCGAUACUAUGUAAUGGCGGUUCAUCGAUUCCAAUUAACUACUUUGUUAGUGAUCCUGUAGAUGAUAUUGGUGCCAAGUUGACAUUAGAGCUGCCAGAAGGUACUGCCAAGGGAGAUUUACUCAUACACAUUGACUAUGAGACUUCCAAUCGUGCCAGCGGCUUGCAAUGGCUCACACCCGAGCAAACACUCGGCAAACAACAUCCAUAUCUCUUCAGCCAAUGUCAAGCGGUUCAUGCACGUUCUGUACUGCCGUGUCAGGAUACACCAGCUGUGAAGUUCACCUAUGAAGCGACUGUGAAACAUCCAACGGAGUUAACUGCUCUAAUGAGCGCUCUAGUUGAGAAAAAGGAAACCGGCUUAACCACAUUCAAGCAAGAAGUACCCAUACCGGCUUAUUUGUUAGCCAUUGCUAUUGGUGAUCUCGUCUCACGUCCAUUAGGUGCCAAUUCCGAUGUGUGGGCCGAGGCAGGUAUUGUGGAUGCUUGCGCUGAAGAGUUCUCGAAAACUGCGGAAAUGUUAAAAACAGCAUCGGACAUUUGUGGGCCAUAUGUUUGGAAGCAAUAUGAUUUGUUGGUUAUGCCGCCAUCAUUUCCAUUUGGUGGCAUGGAAAAUCCAUGUCUGACAUUUGUAACACCAACGUUGCUGGCGGGUGAUAAGUCUUUGGCCGAUGUAGUGGCGCAUGAAAUUGCGCACAGUUGGACUGGUAAUUUGGUAACGAAUAAAAAUUUCGAGCAUUUCUGGUUGAACGAAGGAUUCACGGUGUUCGUCGAAACAAAAAUUGUGGGGCGCAUGCAAGGCAAUAAGGAGCGUGACUUCCAUAUGCUACGCAAUCUAACCGAUUUGCAGGAAUGUAUGCGUACGCAAUUGGUCAACAGUCCGGAACUCACAAAGUUAGUGGUUGAUCUAUCCAACUGUGGCCCGGAUGAUGCCUUCUCCAGUGUGCCAUACAUCAAAGGUUCAACCUUCCUGCGCUAUAUGGAAGAUUUGCUUGGAGGACCCGAAGUAUUUGAGCCUUUCUUGCGCAGCUACCUGCAAAAGUAUGCCUACAAAUCAGUUGUCACCGAUGAUUUUAAAGCGGCCUUAUAUGACUACUUCAACAAGACCGAUAAAAAAGAUAAGUUAACCGAAAUCGAUUGGGACUUGUGGCUACACAAGGAGGGACCGCCACCAAUAAUUCCAAAAUUCGAUGAGACACUUGCUGAUGUUUCCAAACAAUUGGCGAAACUAUGGAGCACCAAGACCACCGCUGAGCUUCGCCUCGAUACGGACAUAACCAAGCCAAUUUCCUCGCAUCAGCUUAUCGAUUUUCUUGGUAGAUUAAUCGAAUGCGAAGAUGUCGUCGAAUUGAAUGCGCAAAAAAUCGAUUUGUUGGAGAGCACAUACAAUUUGAAGAGUACAAAGAAUGCUGAGGUGCGCUUCCGCGUUAUGCGCCUGGUUAUCAGGGCCAAGCUGUUGAAUCGUAUCGAUGAGAUUAUUGCAUUUGCCAACUCGAACUUCCGCAUGAAAUUCUGUCGCCCCAUUUAUCGUGCCUUGGGCCAGUGGCCGGAGGCCAAGCCUAUUGCGAUUGAAAGCUUCCAGCGCGUCAAAGAUCAAAUGAUGGCAGUUUGUGCACACACUAUCGAGAAGGAUUUGGGUUUGAAAUAAGCAUUUCAUGUGUCUUAAUUUUGUACGAUUUUUUAACUAAACUGACGUAUUAACGUGGCGGCGCAUAUUUAAUCAAUAAAAUGUUUACAAGAAAGAUAACAAAUGA